AUGUAUCAGGAGAAAUGCCCAAGAAAGAUAAAGGGAAGGAUAAAGAGAAAGAUCUGGAGAAGGCAAGGAAGCCCUCCAGAUCACAAUGCUGGUCUGACUCCUGUGAAGGAUACAGAAAAGGAAAGAGUUGGAUAUGAAGAGCUUCAGGCUUCAGCACAGUUCCACGAAAUAUUCAGCCAGGUCAAUGAUAGAAGUUGCCUUGAAGAUAAACUUUGGUGGUGUCUUGGAGGUGGUUUUGGUGGGAAUGACAGCUUUGGUCGUGGAGGGAACUUCAGCGGUCGAGGGGGCUUUCGUGGCAGUCUAGGCGGUGGUGGAUAUGGUGGCCGUGGGGAUGGCCAUAACGGAUUUGGUAAUGAUGGAAGCAACUGUGGAGGUGGCGGAAGCUAUAAUGAUUUUGGCAAUUACAACAAUCAAUCCUCAAAUUUUGGACCCCCGAAAGGAGGAAAUUUUGGAGGCAGAAGCUCCGGCCCCUAUGGUGGUGGAGGCCAAUACUUUGCCAAACCACGAAACCAAGGUGGCUAUGGUGGUUCCUGCAGCAGCAGGAGCUACGGCAGUGACAAGAGGUUUUAA